AUGAGGACCCAAAAAAGCCUCCUUCCCCUCCUGCUGCUGUCCGCCGCCGCGCUGCUCGCCGUCGCCGACGCGCUGCUCGCCGUCGCCGACGCGCAGGAGCGCAAGAACUACGUGGUUCAUCUCGAGCCGAGGGACAACGACGACGGCGGCAGCGCCGGUUCGCUGGAGGAGUGGCACCGGUCCUUCUUGCCGGAGGCCACGCUGGACUCGGCGGCGGAUGACGGCCCGAGGAUCAUCCACUCGUACAGCCACGUGCUGACGGGGUUCGCCGCCCGCCUCACCGACGCGGAGGCGGAGACGCUGCGGAGCAAGGAGGGGUGCCUGCGUCUGUACCCCGAGGAGUUCCUGCCGCUGGCGACCACCCAUUCGCCGGGCUUCCUCGGCCUCCACAUGGGCAAGGACGGCUUCUGGAGCCGGUCCGGGUUCGGCCGCGGCGUGGUGAUUGGGCUCCUCGACACUGGCAUCCUGCCCAGCCACCCGUCCUUCAACGACGCCGGGUUGCCGCCGCCGCCCAAGAAGUGGAAGGGCACCUGCCAGUUCAGGUCGAUCGCCGGCGGCGGGUGCAGCAACAAGGUCAUCGGCGCGCGUGCGUUCGGGAGCGCGGCCAUCAACAACACGGCGCCGCCCGUGGACGACGCGGGCCACGGCACGCACACGGCCAGCACGGCGGCGGGCAACUUCGUGCAGAACGCCGACGUGCGCGGCAACGCGCACGGCACGGCGUCCGGGAUGGCGCCGCACGCGCACCUGGCCAUCUACAAGGUGUGCGCGCGGAGCCGGUGCUCCAUCAUGGACAUCGUCGCCGGGCUGGACGCCGCCGUCAUGGACGGCGUGGACGUGCUCUCCUUCUCCAUCAGCGCCACGGACGGCGCGCAGUUCAACUACGACCUCAUCGCCAUCGCCACGUUCAAGGCCAUGGAGCACGGCAUCUUCGUCAGCGCCGCGGCCGGCAACGACGGCCCCACCGCGGGAUCCAUCACCAACGGCGCGCCGUGGAUGCUGACGGUCGCGGCGGGCACCAUGGACCGCGCGAUACGCACCACUGUGAGGCUCGGCAACGGGCAGGAGUUCGACGGCGAGUCGCUGUUCCAGCCCCGGAACAACACCGCGGGGCGCCCGCUACCGCUCGUCUUCCCGGACCGCAACGGCGACCCGGAGGCCCGCGACUGCAGCACGCUGGUGGAGGCCAAGGUGAGGGGCAAGGUGGUGCUGUGCGAGAUCCGCUCCAUCACCGAGCACGUCGAGCAGGGGCAGAUGGUGUCCGCGUACGGCGGCGCCGGCAUGAUCCUGAUGAACAAGGCGGCGGAGGAGCCUGCACCCGAGCUGGUCCCCGCGGCGAUCAAGUCGGCGAUCAUGACUUCGUCGAACACGGCGGACCACGCGGGCGUGCCGAUCAAGGACGAGCAGUACCGGCGGGCGAGCUUCUACAGCAUGGGCGCCGGGUACGUGAACCCGUCCCGCGCCGUCGACCCGGGGCUGGUGUACGACCUCGGCGCCGGCGAGUACGUCGCCUACCUCUGCGGCCUGGGCAUCGGGGACGACGGCGUGAAGGAGAUAACGGGGCGCCGCAUCGCCUGCGCCAAGCUGAAGGCCAUCACCGAGGCGGAGCUCAACUACCCGUCGCUGGUAGUGAAGCUGCUGUCCCAUCCGAUCACCGUCUGCCGCACCGUGACCAACCUCAGGAAGACCAACUCUGUCUACACGGCCGUGGUGGACAUGCCGAAGGGCGUGUCCGUGGUGGUGCGGCCCCCGAUGCUGCGGUUCACCAGGGUGAACGAGAAGCAGAGCUUCACCGUGACGGUGCGGUGGAACGGGCCGCCGGCCGUGGCCGGCGCCGAGGGGAACCUGAAGUGGGUGUCGAGCGAGCAUGUCGUCCGGAGCCCGAUCGUGAUACCGCCGGCCAAGGCCGCCGCGUAG